CGCAGUUUCGGAUAGUCGGGGAGGCGUAUUGCUUUCGGGCUCGUGUUGGUGCCUUUCGCCGUGCUUUAGUUCUUUCUCGAUAUUGGAUUGACGCGCAGUGAACAUAGUAUAGGAAGAUGAAUGUUUUUCGGCUCAGUGGGGACUUGUCCCAUCUAUUUGCGAUCAUCAUCCUUCUGGCCAAGAUAUGGACGUCAAAGUCAUGUGCAGGCCUGUCAGGGCGCUCUCAGGCUCUGUUCCUGGUAACUUAUCUAAGUCGCUACUUAGACCUCCUCUCCAACUUUGUCUCUAUCUACAACACCACCAUGAAAAUUUUCUUCAUAGUUGCAUCAGCAGCAACAGUCUACCUAAUAUUUGUGAAGUUUAAAUCCACAUAUGACAGGAACCAUGACAGCCUCAGGGUAGAGCUACUUCUGCUGCCAGCUGCUGCCCUCGCUCUGAUCAUAAACCAUGAAUUAACUGUCAUGGAGGUCUGCUGGACGUUCAGCAUCUACCUGGAGGCGGUCGCCAUCCUGCCGCAACUCUUCAUGAUCUCAAAGACGGGCGAAGCAGAGACCAUCACCAGCCACUACCUGUUUGCACUGGGGGCAUACAGAGGACUGUACAUCCUCAACUGGAUCUACCGGUAUUACUACGAGAACUUCAGCGACCCGAUCGCCAUCGUGGCGGGCGUGGUACAGACGGUGCUGUACGCCGACUUCCUCUACCUUUACGUGACCAAAGAUGACUUUAUAAAGGACGCUGCCACCAUCGAAGCGGCCAAAUUGUUGCCCGAGGAGGAUUUCACGACGGAAAUGGACGAUGACAAGGGCCGUGUGGCGGUGUCGGGGGUGGCUUUCUGAGGGGCAAGCGACUGGUGAUGCCGGUUUGAGUGGCCGCCGAUGCAGAUGCCGAUGCCGCCGCCACUGGAUCUUCGUCCCCUUGCCUGCUCGUUCCACCCUGAUAAAACAUCUUCGAAGUGCCGACGGCGCAGGACGGGUGGUGCUGAUCCAGCGCCGCCCCGCGGGCUCCUGGCGGCGAAUCUCUGUCAGAGGCGGGACUGGCCGAUGUAGUGUUUGCCAGAGGCGGUACGCGCGGUGUGGUCGGCGAUGAGUGACGGCUGCUGCGGUCGCCAGGGCCGGCCAGCGGGUGUCGAUGCGUGACGCGCCGUGUGCGGCGGCCUCACCAGCCCAACCGGCGCGAGUUGUUUACUUUUAUACAGGUGGAGUGACGGCGUUUGCCGUAUUCAGACCAAUGUGAUAGCGCAGGUGACAAUGGUAGGGGCCUGGCCUCGGAAAUGUGAAGCAUUCGCUGUCUGUUCGGCGUGGCUUUGUGUCGGGCGCAGUCUGUUUGGGGGCACGGGAGUGGCUGUUCACUGUUGGCUUGAAGCUGUAAAGUUUAUCGUGGCAUGGUAGCGUUGUGCGGCGGGACGAGGAUUAAAAGCUGUUUACAUAUGU